AUGCAUUGAAAUUUGACAUGUUUUGGGUCAUUCGAUAUCAUCAGAUAUCAUCCGGUUAAGUUUAGAUUUAGAGUGUUUUUUAACUUAUUUCUUGGUGCAAGAUUAGAAUAAGUAAUAUGAUUACACUACGACGUAUCAGUCGAAGUUUCGGGUACUGUUUAAAUGCUCGAUACUACAGUACACCGACGAGUGCAGCCACGGCCAAAAUAAUUGCCCCGGAUGGUAAUGGCGAUCGUAACAAAGUGCAACCAAACCUCACCCGCAACACAGCCGGUGUCAGUGGUACGGCAGGAGGGUUAAAAAAUCCCAUAGUCGCUGCCGCUUUUGCUUCCUUGCGCAGUGAUGAGCCCGUCAAAGAAAACACUACUGCCAAAGGAACAUCCGGCGACAUAAAACAAGAUAUUCAGGUCGAUGAGAUGAUCUUAAAGGCAAACACAGUUGCAGACCUACUAGCAGUGGCCGAUAUAACAAAAAUGAAUCGGAAACAGGCGUUGAAAAUAGUUUCUAUUUUGGCCGAAUGGAGUUCAAUAAAGAAGGUAAACUUAUCGGACUUUGAAAGUGAUUCACGUUUCGUGGAACUGUGCAGCCUACUAGGACGAACCGGUGGGCAGCGCGUGAAUGGCAGCAACCGCGCCGCUUCUUCCAAGAUGAUCGAACUGCAGGGUGAUGAUCUGCAAACCGUGCUUGGUAUAACGGCCAACGAUGAAGCUGCUAAACUUAUUGCCGGUCUCACGCUACCUCAAAUGAUAAAAGUCAUGUCCUCGCUAUCGAUGAAGAAAAAGCGAAGCAUUCCGCUGCUUCGUUCGCUGUCCUUCAACAUUGCCAGCAAUCCGGCACAGCUAAAUCUGAAGGAAUGUGGCGAUCUGCUGUACGCGAUGGCAUGCUUAAACUAUCGAGACGUCGUCCUGACCGGUCGCAUAUGUUCCGACUUGGACCGAGAGCUCACAACGAACACGGACAAAAUGGCACCGAUCGUUUCGGUUCUAACGAGCCUGGGAAUGCUGCGAUAUCGCGAUGGUACAGUGUUGGAUAAUCUGUGCAGCUGGAUCACAUCGCACCACGAACUGUGCAAACCAACGCAGCUCGGGUCGCUAUUGCUCUCGUUGGCUACCCUUAACUAUGAGCCGAUCAGUAUGGACACGAUAAAGACGAAGCUGAUCGCAAAUGUGUCCGAGAACGACUAUAUCCGACCGGCCGAUUGGUUGAACACGGUGUGGUCGCUAACAGUGCUGAACUGUGUGACUGGUGAUCAAUUAUCGUCCGUGCUGAAUGCAGACUUUUUCCACAAGCUGCAGGAAGCGAGACGCGGUAAUCUGCAACCUUCGAUGAAAAUGAAAUUACUUAAUUUGGCCGCCAUUUCCAAACACGUCCCCGGUGCAAAAGAAUCACUGCUAGCUUCGCACAGGGCAGAACUAUUUGUCCCGUUCGAACCGUCGAAGGAUAAGCGUGUUCUGGUUACGGGCAUGUUGGAUGCGCUGAAGAGUUUAAUACCUUCGGAGAGCAUGGUCAAAAUUAGUCAAACAACGACCAUGGGAUUCACUAUUGAUGCGGAAUGUGUUUUGGAUCAAAAAUGUUUACCCCUACCCGUUGACAAGGAACACGAACAAGGCACGAGGAUUGCGCUGCUAGUGCACGACUAUCACGACAUGUGUCAGGGGCCGCACGUUUCACUAAAUGGAAUGCAGGCACUGAACAUGCGAUUACUGGAGCAGGAAGGCUACACCGUACUGUCGAUACCGUACAACGAGUUCAGCACCAGUGAUAAGCUUCUGAAACGUGUGGAGUAUUUGCAGAAAAAGUUCAAGUCAAUCGUUACCACCAAACAGCAGUAGCACGUUCGGCCACCCUCAUCGGAGGCCACCAUACGCCUCGUCUCUAGUGACCGACCUCCUCGGUGGGCUCGGUUAUGUCGUUAAGAAAAGAAAGAAUAAAACAUUACACUAAAAAGUU